AUGGAGAUGGGGAAUCGCACUUCACUAACCGAGUUCCUCCUGCUGGGAAUCCCUCAGACCCAAGGGCUGGAAAAUGUGACCUUUGUCUUCUUCCUGGCCUUCUACCUGCUCACUCUGAUGGGGAAUCUGCUCAUUCUCCUGGCCGUCCUCGCCUCCUCCACCCUCCACACUCCCAUGUAUUUCUUCUUGGGAAACUUGUCAGUGUUUGACAUAUUUUUUCCUUCAGUGAGCUCCCCCAAAAUGAUGCUUUCCCUAACGGGAGGAAGCAGGACCAUCUCUUACCGGGGCUGUGCCUCCCAGAUCUUCUUCUACCAUUUCUUGGGUUGCACCGAGUGUUUCUUGUACACGGCGAUGGCCUACGACCGCUUUGCGGCCAUCUGCCACCCUUUGCGAUACACUGUCAUCAUGAGCCAUCGGGUGUGCUCUGUCAUGAUGCUGGGCACGUGGCUGGGGAGCUGUCUGCACGCGUGCGUCCUCACAUGCCUGGUCUUUAAGUUACCCUACUGUGGCCCCAAUGAGGUGGAUAAUUUUUUCUGUGAUAUUCCAGUGGUGUUGCCCCUGGCCUGCGCGGACACCUCCCAAGCCCAGACGGUGAGUUUCGUCAAUGUAGGCGUGGUGGCGCUCGUGUGUUUUCUCCUUGUCCUCGCGUCUUAUACUCGCAUUGUUAUCUCUGUCCUGAAAAUCAGCUCCCCAGAGGGCCGGCGCCGCGCCUUCUCCACCUGCAGCGCCCACCUGACGUCCAUCCUGCUGUUCUAUGGACCGGUGGUCCUCGUUUAUCUCCGACCUGCCUCCAGCCCUUGGCUGGAUUCUGCGGUUCCGGUGCUGAACAAUAUCGUCACCCCUUCCCUGAAUCCUUUGAUCUAUAGCUUGAGAAACAAAGAUGUAAAGUUGGCGCUAAGAAAAGCUCUGAGUCAAGGAGCGCGGGAUGGGGGAGAGUAA